AAUUUGGUAUAUAAACCGCCAAUUCCAAAACUCCUUUUCUAUAUUGAAAAAUGGCGGUUUUAGUAGUAGCAAAUUUGAGAGAUUGAUCGUUGAAGAAGAAGUUGAUUGUACCAAUUUCUGUUAAUCUCACAAAACAAUGGCUUCACGCAAAAAUCUCUCUCGUGGAAGCAGUGAUUCUUUAAUAUUGUCGAAGAAACGAAAGAUUGAAAAUGAAACCCUAGAAGAUUGUAUCAGUGGGUUGCCGGACGGAUUCCUCAUACAAAUGCUCUCUCUUUUGCCCACCAAAGACGCCGUCGCGUCAUCUCUACUGUCUAAAAGGUGGCGUAAUCUCUGGACUCCUAUUCAUAGUUUCUAUUUCUCUAAUGCAAAUUACAUUGACGUUAGGAAGUUCAAAUCCUUUGUAGACAAUGCUUUAAUUCAUUCUACCUCUACCGAAAUCAAGAAAUUCGUACUCGAUUUGCGUACUAUACUCUGGCAACCUGAAUUGUGGAGAUCUGGUUCGAAAAUCAGUCAAUGGAUUGAUUUUGCUGUGGGAAAAGAAGUGCAAGAUGUUGCGAUUUAUGCACAACCAUAUUCUUCACAUUUCUCUUAUGAAUUGCCUCUAUCUAUGUACACUUGUUCGUCGUUGAUUACAUUGACUUUGACAAAUUGGGUGUUUCAUAAACGACUGAACAUAGCUUGGAACUCUCUAAAGAGCCUAACGCUGCACUCAACAUCUUUAGACGAUGACGAUAUUGUGAAGUUACUGUCAAGCUGUCCUGCUUUGGAAGCUAUGGAGCUGUCGUCUUGUGAGAAGCUUCGUAGUCUAAAAAUUACUUCAAAUUUAAAGAGACUAACAUUGUCAAACCAUUUGUUGCCUGACGUUCAAGGAAAUGAGGUUUUGGAAAUUGAUGCCCCACAUCUUAAGCAUUUGGAUAUUUCAGGGGAUCUUGGAGAACUCAAGUGUAGGCUAGUCAAUGUCUCCUCUUUGGUUGUUGCCAGCCUCACUUUUAGCGAUAUGUGUAUUACUGUUGGCAAGAGGGAAUCUGAGAUUGAUGAAGAUGAGUGUCCUUCUUAUCAUCAAGUUACCAGAAACCUUGUUCUGGACUAUCUUGAAAAGUUGAGUAAUGUGACAGAGCUGAUAAUUGGAAGUUGGUUUGCAGAGGUCGUGUUCAUGUUGCGACUUGAAAGUGUGAUUCUACCAAGAUUGAGAUGCAAAUGUCUAACUCUAAAGCUGGGUGUAUCGAAGUCUAAUAUGUAUGGUAUAGCCAGUCUAUUGCAAAAGUUGCCUCGUUUGGAGUCACUCAACGUACACAUCAAAUCUGAGAUCUAUAAUGAUUCCUCCUGCGAGCAUGUGCAAAGCUAUUUGGACAAAGUAAAUGACAUCAAUUUCUGGCGUUGGAUUCAAAACCCUCUGUUUCCUAAUCUCAAGAAUGUUAAGAUUGUUGGCUGCGUAGGAGAAUGUAUCAGGAUGUGGUCUACAAUGGGUUUUUGUAAACUUUUCAAAUUUUUGAAGUUUCUACUAAAGAAUGCAAAGGCUUUGCAGAAGCUUGUUAUCGUAGCAGAGAGAAGAACAUGCAUUUUUUGUUCAGAGAGCUGUGUGUCCCGGCAUUUAUUGAAAUUAGCUGAGAAAAUGUUAAGCACUCCAAGAUCAUCAGGAAAUCUUGUGAUUAGUUACCAGGAGAUUGCUUAGCAUGACCAGGUUGGAGGUUGUUUUGUUUCAGCAUACUGGAGCUUUUGAUUUACUGCAGUUGUGAUUUUCAACUAUGGCAUUCGAUGGCUGCUUGGCUUCUUAGAAGCCUUUGUUUGUUGCACUCGACAUUGCAUUGCAACAUUGUUUUCUCGAAACUGUCAAGAUUGGCGAAAACCUACAAAUGACAGGUUCCUACUGUUUUGCUUAAGAGAAUAAUCUGUAGCUGUUGUACAUUUUGAGCCAACAAAACCCACUUCCUUGAGUAAAGUAACUGCUAGUAUCUCUCUUUGUUGUAGUUUUCUUAUGGCUGUGUGCCCGGAGUCGACGAAAUCUGAACCUUGUAGAUGCUUUAGUUUCUUUGAUGGAUAUUCCACAAAGAUUGCAUUAUAUAGAAAGGAUUAUUUCUCAGGCCAAAGCAGAUAAUACGAUUCAUGAAUUUAGACUGUGA